CACAAUUAAGCCAAAUAAAUGAUAGGUGGGACAACAUAUGUACUUUAAUAGUUUAAAACCGACAAAUAUGGUUGUUUUCUGAUGUAAUUAUUUAAAUAAAUAUAUUCCAAUAAAACGGUUUUACGUCCCUUAAUUAUAAAAUGGACUUAUCGUACUUUUACCUAUUUGAAAUUGUUGAUAACCUACUGCAAAGCGUCACUAUGUGAAAAUAUUUCAAAUGUAUGUACCUAUGUACGUGUGAAUUUACACUUGUGCACCCGAAAGUAGCAAUGAACGAAAAGAAAACAACAAAUAAAUGUAGAAAACCGAAAAUAAAGCAGCAAGAAAUAAAAGCGAUGAUGGCACUCACACUCACGCACACACGGCCGUAUACGUUCGCACACAGCUCGCAGAUACAAAUACGUGCCGGAUUGCAUCGGCAUUUUCAUUCAAGUCGCUUGCUUGCUUAGUGUGUGUGUGUGUCUGGAGCUGUGUGAGUGAGUGCUGCCUGCGUUUCACAUUCAACUUUAGCGCCGAUUCCGCUUUUGACUCUCUUUCUCUCUUUUUUCGUUUUAGAGCGUAAAAUUUGAAAUGAAAAAAAUGAGAAAUUUUGAAGCAGUCUUGUUUUUCGCUCUUUUUUGCGUCGGCUGAGCUGCCACUGUUAUUGUGUUAGUGUGUGGUGAGUUUGAUUUGCUGUGGUGGUUUAACAUUCUGUUCGUCUCGAUUUAGUAUUUUUUUGGACUUUGUUGUUAACGGUUGUUCGCUCGCACGUACGAAGCCAGAUCGCGUUUGUCUAAAAACAAGAUACAAAAUACAGCACACAAUGCAAAACGACAACGUAGUAGUACGAUAAACCCAAACACCGAACAUUUUCAAAAAAAACCCUUCAAAAUGUUGUAACCAAAUAAAAUACAUGUUUAAAUCACAUAUACACCUAUAUUUAUGAAAAAUUGUUAGACAAAACCCAAAUAAUUCCAGUUCUCCCAACAAACACAACAAGUGCAAUUCAUCGUCAGAGAUUAAUAUAAAGUGCAAAUGCAUUGUAGCUGAAACUCAAAUAAUAGUAAAAAUACAUAUGUGGCGAGGAAUGACAAGAAAAUAGUUCUUAAAAACCGGAAACCGAGAGUAUAUAUUCAUAUUUGUACAAAUAUUAUAUGGCGGCUGCCUAGUGCAGCGGUUGAGAAAAUUUAGCGGGACCUAAAUGUAAAUAGGAGCAAACGAAAGCCAGAACUCAAAAUCAAACAUCAGCAACGUAACACACAGACAUAAGACGCCCGUCUAGUCGUCGUCUGUGACUUUUUCCGCAUCUACAAAAUUGCAUAUAUCGAAGAUAGUGCGCGAGUGUGUGAGGUAUUUGUGCCGUGGAUCCUCUUACAUAUACAUAAAGGUAGUGAAAAGAUUUUAUCCAACAUUCCAAAUAGUGCUUUGUCAACUGAAAAUACCUCUUUCGAGAACGCAGUGUGCUCAUGGAUACUUUUGGAUUAGUAGCAGAACUGGCGCACUAUAUUGACGAAUAUGCUCUGAUUGUUCCCCGCACGAAAUGAGCAGGAAUUUGGGCGAAAAUGUAUUUUGAACGCAAGCAAGUGCGCAAAAAAUACUAGCUCCGCCACAAAAUUUCACAAAACACCGCCAGAAGUGAGUAGAACCUCUAGCCGCACAACCGAGCUUUGCACAGCAUCAGGAGAUAGUUCUUCUCCACAUAUUGACCAACUGCCAGGGACAAGCUCCUUGUCCCCAGCCGACGCCAAGUGAACGGAAAACGGCCCCAAAACGGCGGCCAUUGGCUACCAGAGGAUGAAGCGGCGCUGGUCAAACAACGGCGGCUUCAUGCGUCUACCGGAGGAGUCGUCGUCGGAGGUCACGUCCUCCUCAAACGGGCUCGUCCUGCCCUCGGGGGUAAACAUGUCGCCCUCGUCCCUGGACUCGCACGACUAUUGCGAUCAGGAGCUUUGGCUUUGCGGCAAUGAAUCCGGUUCGUUCGGCGGCUCCAACGGCAAUGGCCUAAAUCAGCAGCAGCAGAGCGUCAUCACGCUGGCCAUGCACGGUUGCUCUAGCACUCUGCCAGCUCAGACAACCAUCAUCCCGAUCAACGGCAACGCGAAUGGGAAUGGAGGCUCCAGCAAUAGCCAAUAUGUACCGGGUGCCACCAAUCUGGGCGCGUUGGCCAACGGGAUGCUCAAUGGGGGCCUCAAUGGAAUGCAACAGAUUCAGAAUGGCCAAGGCCUCAUCAACUCCACAACCCCCUCAACGCCAGCCACCCCGCUCCACCUUCAGCAGAACCUGGGGGGCGGGGGAGGUAUCGGGGGAAUGGGUAUUCUUCACCACGCGAAUGGCACCUCGAAUGGCCUUAUCGGAAUUGUAGGAGGCGGCGGCGGAUCGGGUGUCGGAGUGGGUGGAGGCGGAAUGGGAGGCCUAGGAAUGCAGCACACGCCCCGAAGCGAUUCGGUAAAUUCUAUAUCUUCAGGUCGCGACGAUCUCUCACCUUCGAGCAGCUUGAACGGAUAUUCGGCGAACGAAAGCUGCGAUGCGAAGAAGAGCAAGAAGGGCCCUGCGCCACGGGUGCAGGAGGAGUUGUGCCUGGUUUGCGGCGACAGGGCCUCCGGCUACCACUACAACGCCCUCACCUGUGAGGGCUGCAAGGGCUUCUUUCGACGCAGCGUUACGAAGAGCGCCGUGUACUGCUGCAAGUUCGGCCGCGCCUGCGAAAUGGACAUGUACAUGAGGCGUAAGUGUCAGGAGUGCCGCCUGAAAAAGUGCCUGGCCGUGGGCAUGCGGCCAGAGUGCGUCGUCCCGGAAAACCAGUGCGCAAUGAAGCGGCGGGAAAAGAAGGCCCAGAAGGAAAAAGACAAAAUGACCACUUCGCCCAGCUCUCAGCACGGCGGCAACGGCAGCUUGGGCUCUGGUAGCGCCCACGACUUUGUUAAGAAAGAGAUUCUUGACCUUAUGACAUGCGAGCCGCCCCAGCAUGCCACUAUUCCGCUACUACCUGAUGAAAUAUUGGCCAAGUGUCAAGCGCGCAAUAUACCUUCCUUAACGUACAAUCAGUUGGCCGUUAUAUACAAGCUAAUUUGGUAUCAGGAUGGCUAUGAGCAGCCAUCUGAAGAGGAUCUCAGACGUAUAAUGAGUCAACCCGAUGAGAACGAGAGCCAGACGGACGUCAGCUUUCGGCACAUUACCGAGAUAACCAUACUCACGGUCCAGUUGAUUGUUGAGUUUGCUAAAGGUCUACCAGCGUUUACAAAAAUACCCCAGGAGGACCAGAUCACGUUACUAAAGGCCUGCUCGUCGGAGGUGAUGAUGUUGCGUAUGGCACGGCGCUAUGACCACAGCUCGGACUCAAUAUUCUUCGCGAAUAAUAGAUCCUAUACGCGGGAUUCUUACAAAAUGGCCGGAAUGGCUGAUAACAUUGAAGACCUGCUGCAUUUCUGCCGCCAAAUGUUCUCGAUGAAGGUAGACAACGUCGAAUACGCGCUUCUCACUGCCAUUGUGAUCUUCUCGGACCGGCCGGGCCUGGAGAAGGCCCAACUAGUCGAAGCGAUCCAGAGCUACUACAUCGACACUCUACGCAUUUAUAUACUCAACCGCCACUGCGGCGACUCAAUGAGCCUCGUCUUCUACGCAAAGUUGCUCUCGAUUCUCACUGAGCUGCGUACGCUGGGCAACCAGAACGCCGAGAUGUGUUUCUCACUAAAGCUCAAAAACCGCAAACUGCCCAAGUUCCUCGAGGAGAUCUGGGACGUUCAUGCCAUCCCGCCCUCGGUCCAGUCGCACCUUCAGAUUACCCAAGAGGAGAACGAGCGCCUCGAGCGUGCUGAGCGUAUGCGAGCAUCAGUUGGGGGCGCCAUUACCGCCGGCAUAGAUUGUGACUCUGCCUCCACUUCGGCGGCGGCAGCCGCGGCCCAGCAUCAACCUCAGCCCCAGCCCUCUACCCUGACCCAGAACGACUCCCAGCACCAGACACAGCCGCAGCUGCAGCCUCAGCUGCAAGGUCAACUGCAACCUCAGCUCCAGCCCCCGCUUUCGACGCAACUUCAGCCGCAGAUUCAACCACAGCCACAGCUCCUUACCGUUUCCGCUCCCGUAACCGCUUCCGUUUGCGCCUCUGGCUCCUUGUCGGCGGUCAGUACGAGCAGCGAAUACAUGGGCGGAAGUGCGGCCACAGGACCCAUCACGCCGGCGGCCACCAGCAGUAUCCCGGCCGCCGUUUCCGCUAGCUCCACUACAUCAGCGGUACCGAUGGGCAACGGUGUCGCGGUGGGCGGCAACGUCAGCAUGUAUGCGAAUGCUCAGACGGCGAUGGCCUUGAUGGGUGUUGCCCUGCACUCGCACCAAGAGCAGCUUAUUGGAGGAGUAGCGGUCAAGUCGGAGCACUCGACGACUGCAUAGCAGACGCAGAGGCAGCUCCAUCAACAUCACCAACCCAACAUCGACGUCCUGCUGGAGUAAAAAGCGCAGCUGAACCACACAGAUAUAGGGAAAAAGGGAGUUCUCUCUAGAGAGUUCAAGCCGAACUAAAUACUAAAAAGUGGAUAAAUAAGUGGACAAGCGUAAAAUGCAGUUAUUUAGUCUUAAGCCUGCAAAUAUUAAAGAUUAUUCAUACAAAUUAAUAUAUAAUACGGCCUAUUAACAAUUACGCUAAAGCUUAAUUGAACCAAUCUUCAACCACAAUUGGACAAACUCGUUAAGGAACAGGGAGAAAAAAAAAUUUAAGAGAACUAUUGAAAAUCAUCAAAUUUAGAAUAAAUUUUUUGGUGGAUGUAUGACCUAAUGCGUGUCGCAUCAGAUUCACGAUCAAUUCUCGAAUUUUGUUAACUAAAUUGAUCCUCCAAACUACAUGCAAAACAGAUCAGAAAUGAAAAACAGACAGUAGGGUGUGAACAGGGGAAGAGAGAAGAGAAUAAAGAUUGUUUAUAUUUAAAAAAUAUAUAAAAUAAUAAUUACUAACUCUAAACGUAAUGAAAACAACUGUAUAAUAUUUAACUAUAACUCUAAAUUCGUAAUGUAGAGAAGAGAGUAAAUCUGUUAAAUGAAACAAAAAGUUAUGAUAAUAACAUUAUCAUCCACCAUAAUUAAAAUCAUUUAAAAUAAUUAAAAACAAACCACUUUAAAAAACACGCAAAACUUGGACUGAUUUUAUAAAUAUUUUUUAAUCAUAAUGAAAGGCGACAUGAAAAAAAAUAUUAAAAAAACAAGUAACAUAUUUUAUAUGUUUUAAAAAAGAGAAUUUCAAUUCUUAUAAUUUUAUCCAAAAAUAUUUGGCAGAAAAAACCUUUAUUAUUGGCAUUGUUUUAGACAUGUUUUCAAAAAAAUUUGAUAUUGAAUCUAAACAAAGGAUAAUGAAAUGAAAGUGAUUGGAGUCUUACUCAAAAACCAAAAGGCAUCAAAAGGUAUUAAAUCUAAAAUAUAUUCUAAUUUCCAGUUUAACAAACACUUUUUGGUGGAAAAUAGUUUUCAAUCACUUUGAUAAAACCCACACAAAUAAAUAAAUACCAAAAGACUUCAAUAUAUAUUUUUAAAAAUUUACAUUGGUAAUUCGAAAUUUCAUAAUACCAUAAGUUUCAUCCACCUAAUUUGGCAAAAUCAAAAUUUUUAUGGAAGCCAGUACAAAAACGUGCAAACUUGUUUACCUUGGCAAUUUUUAUGUUAAACAAAAUUUAAUGCAAUUAAUUUUCAAAAUAAUUUUUAUUAGAUUUUUUUUAGGAUUUUUUGCUUUGGAAUGUACAUUUUUAAUCAAUUUUUUUUAAAUUGUUGGCCUUAUUUUAACUUAAAUCAAAUUUAUUUUAAUUUUAGUAAAAAUUUGUGUUAAAAAUCGAAAAUAAGAACACUGUAAAAUAUUAAUAAAAGAAUUAACGUUUAAAGUGAUUCUUUUAUUAUGUAAAAAGAAGACAUCAAAUAUUUUACGUAGCUUUCUACUUGAAUUGUGCAAUUUUUUACUUUUACUACUAAUUCUAGUUUAAAUAUAAUUUACACACACGCAUAUACACGCCUACACAUAAAGCCACAUAUUUUUAGUUUUAAGUCAACUUAAUUUAUAAAGAUGAAUUUGUGUAAAGACGAACUAAAAUUAGCAUGACAUCAUGGAUGUAUAUGGAAAUAACUUUAACAAACGAUCGAAAUGCAUUGAAGAAGAGAAUUCUAUUUAAAUAUAGUCUGCACUUUGACAAAUAAAAUUCUUUAACAUUUUUAUUCAUAAUAUCGAAGACGGACAGGAGAAAGCUCCAAUGGAAUCCAUGGAUAAUCCCGGCUUUAUAAACUCUUUAUUAGAUUCGUUUUUACAGUAGACUUUAGUUAAAUGCCUUAUAGCAUGCAUAUUCAAUUAUUAUUAUACAAAUAUACAAAGUUACAUUUAUAAAUACCUUGUUUUGUAGUUCUACACGUAAUGUAAAGAAACAAACUAUCGAAAUACAGAUUAUUUUUAACUUUU